AUGUCCAACGGACUCCAUUUGCAGCCUGCAGGACGCUGUAGGUUGGAUGGCGGGUUGGGCCCUGCGACGGGCGUGUCGGUAGACUGCUCUAGGGUUUAUGGACCGGGGGGCGCGCAACCAGACCACCUCCACGUGGUGCGCCCUGGGCUGUCUGCUUCGCGGCAGACAGGCGAAGAGUCUGGUGUCUUUUUGUUAUUUAUUUAUGCACAACUACCCAUCAACACUCUACUGCCCAUUAUGGGUGUCAAAAUGGAAAUAAAAAAAAGAUCUUUCUGGCAUCGUCAUGUUUAUAUGGCAAUGAGUCCAAGUCUUUGUCGCAAGGCCAGCAUGGGAUCUCCUUUUUCUGCCCACUUUCUUAGACCUGCAGAACUGUGUAUCGAGCUCGUUGUCUUGUCUCCCUUGUUCAGGCGAUUUUUUCUUAAAGUCAUUGAAUGGGCGCCCCCAUUUCAACAAUGCCAUCGCAACAUGCAUCUUCAGCCAUUGACCAUUUCUGAAUUAGUCCAAUUACCUGAAAACAUGAGCAUUCUUGUUGACGAAAAAUAUUACAGAAAUUGUCAACGUGUCUUCUUUGAUCAAGUACCACGUAUCAUACCAUCUCGACGAAUGCCUACCAUUGCCAGGGUGUGGCUCUUCAGAUCAUACAGACCAUAGCACUGUCGAGUUUGUUCAUCUGACUUACUCAUCUAACCAAGUUCCAUAGCCCCAUACGACAGACUGAAUGUUCCUUCAAUGACCGAGACUCAUAGUUACCCUUGGGAUUGGAGCUUUGGAGAGUCCCUAUAUUAUCACCUUGCGUGCGAUAAAUAAAACUGGU